AUGGCCUUGGUUCUCUUGUUUGUGACGGUGGUAUUGUUUAGUGUUUGUGAGGUUUCUAUGAAUGCAGUUUACAGGGUGGGAGAUUCUGCUGGGUGGACCAUGAUAGACCACCCAGAUUACAAGAGGUGGGCUUCUACCAAGAGAUUUCAUGUUGGGGAUACUCUCAUUUUCACUUACCUCAAGCAAUACCAUGAUGUGAUGGAGGUGAGUCACCAUGACUAUGUUCACUGCAAGACUAACUUUGCAAAGGCCGUUUACCACACUGGCUCUGACUCUGUCAGCCUCACCAAGCCAGGCGAAUUCUACUUCAUUUGUAGCAAUGAUGGCCAUUGUUCUGCUGGACAGAAGCUUCAUAUUAAGAGUAGUAGUAAUAAUGCUGCAAUUAUCAGGAAUUUCUACCUCACCAUUGCAACUGUUUUUGCACUAUGCAUUUACAAGACUAACAGUCUAACAGACCAUAUUAAUUAG